AUGACGAUGAGACUGGCACGCAAUGGCGUCCUCAUUAUGAGUUGGGCGGCCAUGACAAAGACGUAUUUUUUUGAUAUCAACUAUGGAAUGGGCGUAUCGAUGACCCCGACAAUUCCUGACGGCUCCUUUAUCUUUGUGGAUCGUUUAUCGCGACGCUGGCGCCAUUGGGAGCGUGGGGAUUUGGUACAGCUUUGGUCACCCACUCGAAAUCGGGGCGAGACCAUCACUAAGAGGAUUUUGGCUUUGGAUGGAGAUGUGGUGGAGCUACAACCGCGCUUUGAUAAGGAACGCAAGGGAAAGAUAACGGUCCCAAAAGGUCAUGUGUGGUUGGACGACCCUUUUGGAUUGUAA